AUGGAACGUGAGGAGAAGCGGCCCUCGAGCCCACCUAACCCCGAUGACGGCGACAACCGCCCGACUACCGCCCGCCGCGUAGAGGAGGAGGACGACGAUGCCUCGCACCUCGUUCCUUCAGAAACAAUCGCCGCCGACGAGUCGCGAAACACUCCCACCGGAAACCCCCCCGACGACGAUGAACAUGGUCAAGAACACAGCCACAACCACAACCCCGACACCGACCAAGACACCGGCCGCAAGACCCCCUCCAAGCCCGCAGCCGGCCCCGACCCCUCAAACGAAUCCAUGCUUCCUCCCCCGCGGCCCCAGACCUCCGCCGUCCCGGACAGCAGUUUCGUCGAGGGCGCCACCUUUGACGACUCGCGUCAUGGCGACUCCCUGGCCGAGUCUGCCGUGCGCGCCCACCUCCAGGACGUAGAGUCGAGCUUCGUCUCGCGCCUCUCUCCCAUCCCGACAAUAACCCACGAGGGCACCGAUGACACAUACCUCUUCGACGGCGCCGCUUCUGCGAGGUCCCCUGCACCCGCGAGACACGCCCCUGCAAGUCCCAGCCCAAGCCCCCGGCUGAGAUCCGAAGCGAACCAUGAAAAGUCGGAUGCCAACGACCUCUCCGAACUGCGACCCCAAGACUCCGCCUCUGCUGAUGUCUCCAACACAACCUCCUCCCUCGAAAACAUGUCCUCGUCCCCCGCCGCCGCCGCCGCUGCCCGUACCAUCUCCAGGGCGCUGUCCAGCGCGAGCAACCGGACCGACAAGCAAUCGCUUGGGCCGAGCCCGGCCGAGCACACGGACGAAGAGCCCUCGUUUUCUCGCGCAGAGUCUGCUGCCGACUCGAUAUCUACGACUCUGCGCAGCAAACGGUCCGACGGAAGCCUUCGUGGAGGUUCGGUCGAUGCUGGCAGCACGCCGGGACACUCCUUGAGCUACGGCACGCGGCCCAAGUAUCUGCGAAGCCGCGUCACCAGUCAGCGGUCCUCCGUCUCCUCUUUCGUCACCAACCCCGAUACCCAUGAUGAUCUUGAGAGUGAAGCCACCGCCAAUAUGGGGGCCGACUUUGCUCUGCAGUCCGGUGGCGCUGCCGCCACGUCAAGCUUGCCUCGCAGCCUCAGCAGCAUACUGUCGCGCUCCGUGAGCAUGGGCAGCAUGGUCUCUGGUAUGGACGACCCGGAGUCGUUGCCAAACCAGCUCGAGACGCUUGACGAAGUCGAGAACGGAUUCACGCCACGACGGCCAACGCGGAACGACGACCUCUUGGCCACGCCGAAACCUUCCAAAGAGAACCUCACCGCCCCCACCGAUACCGUCAUUGCCCGCCAUGUCAGGAACGUGCAUGUCCCCGAGUCCCUGGCCAAGGAAUACAGAACCAAGAGCGGCUUCGUGACCCCCCGCAAGCCCUCCGAUAUGCCGCUCGGGGCUUCUACGAGAUCGGGUAAGAACCUGACCCUCAAGGAGCAAAGUAGCACGAUCGAGCGUCUGUCCAAGGAGAACUUCGACCUCAAGCUCAAGGUUAUGUUCCUCAGCGACCGCCUUGACAAGCUGUCUGAAGAGGGUGUUAAGGAGAUGAUCUCAGAGAACGUGGAACUCAAGACGAGCCUCGCCGUCAUCCAGCGCGACAACAAGGCACUACGGAGGAGGGUCAAGGAGCUGGAGAAGCAACUCAAGGAGGACCAGGACCGACCCGGCACGGCGAGGAGCGGCGCCUCAUCAAACGACAGCUCCUCCGACCAGGAUGCUCAGGAGCGCGAGGAGGAACUCAUGUACUUGCGCGAGCGUGUCGAGGAGUACAUCACCGAGAUUGAGAGGCUUCGCAACGACAGCAUGGCAAAAGAGGCAGAGAAGCGCAAGCUGAGUGAAGUGGUCAGGUCGCUGGGCGAAAGGACAAGCGGCAACCUCGGUAGUCAGGAGGAGGCGGAUGUCUGGAAGGAUCUCCUUGAACAGGAGACGGCCCGACGCGAGCAGUCUGACGAAGAUAACCGCAAGCUUCGCGACGAAAUCUUCCGUAUGAAGCAAGAAAUGAGCAGCGGACACGGCGGCCUGCACCACACGACCAACAUCUACAACAUCACUAAGAAACCAAGACAGACAUCGCCCAGUCGCCCCGUGUCUGGUCUUUCGGGAGACCUCGAGACAAACGGCGGCUUCAGUGCCGCCAGCACGCUGGUCGAUGAGCUGCGCAGGGAGAGCGAGCAGCUGCGCCACGAGAACGCCGAGCUUAGGCGCGAGGUUGGAGCGCAGACCUCCAUGCUCACGUCCAGGAACCGCGAAAAGGAGCGCCUUUACCAGGAGAUUGAGGAUCUGAAGAUGGCACAACGGCGAGGAGGCCCUGCACCGUCGACGAUUGACUCCCUCCUCGAUCGCUCAGCAUCGCGGGCCGGUGCGCAUCACAGGUCCAUGUCACGCGUGAGCGCCAGCAGGACGCAAAUAACCGAGGCCGACGAGCUGGAGCGCGAAGAGCUGGAGAACAAGCUCGCCGAGACGCGCGACAAGAUUAGCGAAAUCAAACUACAGAACCAGGAGCUCCAGCGUGAGCUCGAGGGGUGCAUGGCCGACUUUGAGACGGCAGUCGAGGGCAAGAGGCAGGCAGAGGAGAUUGCCGUCACCCUCCAGGAGGACCUCGACAACGCCAUGAACGACCUCGUGGCGUUGCAGGCUGAAAGGGACGAGGCGCUUAGAGAGCAAGCCGACAUGGAGACGGAGUUUGAGGCACUGCGGAAAGAGGCGCAAGAGGAGAUUGACGCGCUUGAGGGCGAGGCCGACCAACGAAGCGACGAGAUCCAGAGACUCCAGCUGGAGCUCAACGACAGGACGGAGAACUUUGAUGCACUGCAGGAGGAGAUGCGCAAGAUGAGCGAGGCAUUGGUGGGAUUGGAGGACGAGCAGGCCGCGAAGAUCCGCAGGAUUCAGCAGCUGGAGCAAGAGCUCGCGGACGCUAACAAGGAGUCCGAGGAGCUGGAGAACAAGCUGCUCGAGUCGAACGACAAGGCACAGCGCCUCAGCGUGCAACAGGAGUCUAGCCAGGGCGAAAUCGCCUUCCUGCGCGAGGAGCAAGAGGGCGACAAGAUCCGCAUCGGCGACCUCGAAGCGGCACUCGCCAACACCGAGCAGAGCCUGCGCGACGAGCGCGACAGGGUCAAGGAGCUCGAGCAACGCCUUGCCACCGAGCGCCGGCAGCACGAGAUGGUCUCGAACCAGGAGAAGGAGGAGGUGCAGCAGUUUGUCAACGAGCUCAACCGCGAAAUGUCGGCGGCCAAGGACGAAGCCCGGAGGUUGCGUAAGAGUCUUACCUCGCGCGAAGUCGAAGCGACCGAAUGGAAGGAGCGGCUCAUGGAGCUGGAGAACAAUCUCAGAGAGGCACUGGGCGAUCUUAACGGGACGCGUUCCAGCCUACUCAAGUCGAUUGCCAAGCUCCAGCGCGAGCUCGAGAACACCGUCCGCGAGCUGGACACCACCAAGGCGUCACUCGUCGAGAAGGACCGCCUCAUCAAGCAGCGCGACGCACUGCUUGAAUCCCACGGCCUGGAAUCUCGCAAACUUGCGGGAGAGCUGGAGAAGGAGAGACAAGCGCACCGAACGACCAGGAACCAGUUUGAGACAUUCCAGACGAGGCAUAUUCACGUGUCCAAGACGGCCAGCACGCAAGAAAUGCGCAUCUCGGAGCUCGAGACAACGCACGCUCAGGACAAGAAGAGGAUUGCGCAGCUCGAGGCGACGUUCAAGGACCAGCUCACCGAGCGCAACAACCUGCUGCUGGUGCUGUGGACGCGGCUUUCGGCCCUCUGCGGCACCGACUGGGCGCACGACAACAGCCUCAUCAACGGCCGUGCCCUACCCUCCUUGGAAGCCGUGGCCACGAUGCUGCCCGGCUUCAGCAAGAACCUGCUAGCGGCGAUCAAGACGAUUGAGACGAUGGUGGGCGGCUUCUCGUCCCGCAUCAAGGGUGUGGAGCGGGACUUGUGGCGCGAGUACCAGAGCCUCGAGAACAACCUGGAGACCCGGACGAAGAAGCUGGAGCGGUUGGAGACGAUUGUCCGCAACAGCAUGACGUCCGGGACUCUGGGCUCGUACGAGCAGGCCAGAAUGGCGCGCCUGGAGGAUGCCUACCGCCAGCUCAAGGUGGAAAACGCGACGCUGCGAACCGCCCAGGACGUGAGGAGCCGAGCCGCCUACCCGGCAAGCAACGAUCCCAGCGCGGCCGUCCCUGAGCCCGCCAGUGGCAGUCCAUCCCCAUCUAUCCCCACGGGACCUCGCGAUCGCGAACGAAAGCCGCGCAAGGGUGAGCGGGCGUCCACGAUGACGCGCAGCGUUUCCAGCCACACGGUAACGUCGACAACGCCCGGGUCCGUCAACCACAAUCCCUUCGAGAACACAGUUGCAGAGAGAGAUCCUACCGACAACCGAUGGAUCUUUAAGCUGCGCGACCUCGAGAACAAGCUCAAGGCGGAGCGCGAAGGACGCUCGCAGGACCGUAACGCGGCCAGGCAGCGACUGGGCGGCCUCGAGACGGAGAACCGCGAUCUCAGGAGCGAAGUGAGCCGCAUACGCAGGGCCAAUGGGCAGUUAGGAGACAGCUGA